AUGGUACUUUAUGAAAAUAACGAUGAUAUUUAUGAUAAUCCAGCAACCGAAGCGGUUAUCAAUUUUCUUAGUUGGGCAUAUUUGAAUCAUAGCAUUAUUAUAAAUGAAAGAUUUUUAUUUGCAUUAAUGGUUAUAUUCUAUUAUUUGGCAACUUAUCAACUUAUCACUGAAGCGUUACAACUCCAAUAUCGUGGAUUUAAAAAAUAUUUUGGGGAAAUAUUUAACAUUGUUGAUAUGGUUUCUAUUAUGCUUUCUGUUUCGGUAAUGUCAAUGAUGCUUAGGAAUUUUAAUUUUCCUGAUGGUUUUGGGAGUGUUGAAGAAAUUGAUAUGAGAACAACAGUGGGAAUAUCAUUCUCAAUUUUCUUACUUUGGAUUGAAUUAAUUUUCUAUCUCCGCCCAAUACCAGGCAUUGGAAAUUAUAUUUAUUAUGUUAUAAUUAUUUUCAAAACCAUAUUUCCGUUCUUUUUGUUUAUGUUAAUUGUGAUGAUUGCGUUUGCACAUACAAUGUUUGUGUUACUUAGAAAUCCUGUGCAAAUUAAAACCAAAGAUUCCACGUUCAGUGGAACUGCUACAAAUUCUUUAACAAAUGAGACGCUUAAUGUUGAAUUUAAAUCCGAUUUUGAUCCUACUUCUGGUGAUAAUCCAUUCACAUCAUUUUCUCAAGCAAUAGUAGCUACAUAUUUUUGGCUUAGUGGUGAUAUGGUUCAAAGGGACGAAUUUGAUAAUUGGGUUGUUGAUGCAUUUACUUUGAUUGCAAGUAUUGUUCUUGUAGUUGUCUUACAGAACAUGCUGAUCGCUUUUAUGAGUGGUGUGUACGAAAAUGCAGAAACUAAAGGUAGACAAACUCUAUUACGACAUCAAGCAAAUCACAUAGCGGAUUAUGAAGCGUUACAUCACAUUCAUUUUUGGGGACAUGAACAUCAAGGUGCUAUUCAUGAAGAACUUGAAGCAAAAUCAACAUUUAUGAAACAAAUAUAUAAGAAAAAAUGUUUUGAUGAACGUUCAAUUAUGAAAUAUAAUGAUUGUUUUAAAUCAGAAAUUAAAGAAAUUUCAAUUAUAAAAAAUGAAUUGAAUGAUAAAAUUGAACGUUUGAAUAAAAAAAUUCAUGAUCCAAAAAAGGGGACCGAUGAUGAGAUUAAAAAUGAAAUUAAAGAAUUUGAUAAUAUUAUUAUUAAGAAACUUGAAAAUUAA